GAUUCUUGACUCUCUCUUGUUUAGGCCUUACAAAAAGAAGAAGAAGAAGAAGUAAACCAAAGCAAAAGCAUUCUGCAUGUUCCCCUGUUCUUCUCUCUGAGCACAUCAUGCCUUCCUUUUCCACUCUCCGGAGAUUCUCUCUGUUCACUCAACGUUUCCGUACCCUGAAUUCUUCCACUUCGCAAUCUUCAUUUUCAUCUUCAUCUUCAUCUUCAUCUUCUCCCGCUCCUCGUCGCAGUCCCAGUUGGGCUUCAGGUUCAGCCAUUGUUGCAGUUGCAGGCGUAACCUCUGCUCUUGCUCUUUUCUAUUGCUACAACUCACCCACUUCACCCUUCCAUUCCGUUUUCUUUGAUAAUACCCUUCCCGCGUCUUCCCCGCCGGUCUCUGAAAAAUCACCCCUUCCUGCAACUGCUCCUGGUUUGCUUGUUGAUGAGUACAAAACCAAGAUUUACUUCAACUAUGAGAAGCGCCUGCGGUUGCAUAGUCCACCCGAAAAGGUUUUUGAAUACUUUGCGUCUUGUCGUACUCCAAAAAGAGAGAUAUUCAUGAAGCCUGCAGACCUAAUGCGAGCAAUUGUUCCUGUUUUUCCUCCAUCAGAAUCCAACAUAAUAAGAGAGGGAAGCUUGACAGGUGAAAAAAAUCCUGAUCAUUUGUGGUGUCCCCCUUCGGAUUUUUUUAUGCUUUUUGAUGUAGACAAAGAUGGACUUAUAUCCUUCAAAGAGUAUAUGUUUUUGGUAACUCUGCUUAGCAUCCCAGAAUCAAGCUUCUCCGCAGCAUUUAAAAUGUUUGACAAGGAUAAUGACGGAGAAAUAGACCAUGAAGAAUUCAAGAAAGUCAUGCAAUCAAUGCGAUCUCAUACCAGACAUGGUGAUUACCAUGGGCAUGGAAGACGAACUGGCCGAACCACCAAUGCUUCUGUAGAGAAUGGAGGGCUGGUGAAAUACUUAUUUGGUAAAGAUGGAAAGGGACGCCUAAAUCAUGAUAAAUUCGUCCAGUUUAUGAGAGAUUUCCAUGAUGAAAUUGUGAGGUUGGAGUUUGCUCAUUAUGAUUACAAAUCUCGAAAAACUAUACCGGCCAUGGACUUUGCUCGCUCCAUUGUUGCUUCUGCUGACUUGAGUCAUAUAGGCAAGUUGCUUGAUCUGGCUGAUGAAUUGAGAAUUGAUCCACGGUUUAAGGAUGUACGCAUAACAUUUGAGGAGUUCAAAAACUUUUCCGAGCUGCGGAAAAAGUUAUUACCAUUUUCGCUGGCCAUUUUCAGUUUUGCAGAAGUACAAGGCCUGUUAACAAGAGAUGAUUUUAAGCGAGCUGCUUCACAUGUUUGCGGUUUAUCUCUGUCGGACAAUGUGGUUGAGAUUGUUUUCCAUUUGUUUGAUGCAAAUAGGGAUGGAAGCUUGAGUACAGAGGAGUUUGUUAAAGUGCUACAACAUCGAGAAAAAGACAUUGCUCAAACCAUGGGGACAGGAAUCGUAGGUUUUUUGUCAUGCUGCUGGAAAUGUACGGACACCUCUCCAUCUUCACGGUUGUUUUCCUGGUUUUGAUUUAGGUUACACGCAUCUUCGAGUCAAGACAACAGAGUAGGCACUGAAAUGUGAAUUCUCGUUUUGAAAAUCAACAUGUCACGUAAAUAGCGCCCUGUGAUAUCCAGAACUGUUAGUUCUUAGACAGUAAACACACCUCAGCAGUGUAAACUGUUAUUCUUUCAAUGUAGGAAAAUUUGUUUUUGGAUGAUUACAUUGGCAAAUGAUUUUCAUUGAUCUUGGA